CAAUUUAGUAUUUUACUAUUGUUCUUACACAAACGAUUACGAAAUUUUCUCAUAUUACCUAUAAUAAUGAUUUUAAAUUAUAGUUUUUACAUUUUUAUGAUAAUCAUUAAGGUGUCCAAUUCAAUCAAUCAAAAUUAUGCUGUGAUUUAUAAUGCACCUCGCUUUACUGAAGAAAUCCCACAUUAUAACGGCGCUUAUUCUUACAGCAGAUAUUAUUCAAUUUAUCAUCAAUUUGAUCUACAGUCAUUGGACCCACAAGACUUUUUUUUAUCAAUAUACAGUCCAUAUUAUUAUUUUCUACCAUCACCAUCUAUAACUCAAUAUUCGAAACACACCGAAUAUGUAACACAAUCUAUGAGAAAAUUAUUUUAUUUUAGAAAGAAAGAUAUGAAAUAUUCAUUAACUGCACACCAAGAUGAUCUACGGCUUAGUGGCGUGGAUCCUUUAUAUUGGUAUCCUAAAAGACCGAAAUUCUAUAAAUUGAAUAUGAAUAUUACGAGUGUGUAUGCUCUACACAAUUUAACAAGUAUUUAUUGCAGAAAUGUUCAAGACUAUGAUCCCUGGGUGACUGUACAACAAACCUAUAUGAAUAGUAUCUCGGAUAAAAAGGCACCAAAAAUGGAUAAUAAACCAAUACUGGAUAUAUACGAUAUAAUGACGUUUAAAAAAGUUAUAGAAAAGAAAAUACCCAAUGAUGCUUUUGCAGUUGCACCGGAGUUCAACAUUUUAACAGAAUAUGAAUUUUCAGCCCUAAACAAACUCACGAGUUACCUACCUAUAACUGAAGAUUAUUCUACAAGAAGUAAUGACACAGGUCCAUCAAAAAAGGAAGAGCCAAUUGAUGAUUAUUUGAAAAGACAUUAUGAAACCGUAAAAGAGAUGAGCACUGAUCGAGUGAAAAAUUUAAAAUUACGAUGA